GAUAAAAAGCCAGGUUCCCAGGCCCUGACAGACAAUAGCUAGUAGAGCAUCCCUGUCUGGUCACUCCUAUCUCCUCCUCCAACCAGAAGCACUGAACCAACCACAGCCGUAGACCGCCACAAGACUCCGAGAGCAGUUGAUCUAUAGAUUGACCGUCCAGCGCGUGCACCAUGUCCUUUACGGUCGUCGUUGUCAUGAUGAUUCUUCUGGGCCCUUCGGCAGUGAUUGCGUUUGUCUUGCAGCCAUCCAAGGAAGAACCCGCAGCCUCUGCUAACUCUCUGGUGUCCCAUCACAGGUGCCAGGGUGAGUCACUGCAGUCCAUCAGGAAGGGUCUCCUCGGGUCUCUCAACUUGCCGGCUGAGCCCCGGCUGCCUGCUGGUGGGCUGGACGGUGUGAGAGAGCAAUGGAGGACCACCUUCAGCACCAUCGCUCACAGAGCCAAGGACACACCAAUUCCAGCGGCCUCUGGCAACUCUGUGUCACCUAAUGUUGGAAACAGUACGAGCCUGAAGUGCUGUUCCACGGCCUCUGAGAUCUUCAUGAAAGAUCUGGGAUGGGACAACUGGGUUAUCCACCCUGCCAGCCUGACCAUUGUUCAGUGUGCACUCUGCCACCCCGAAGGGAACACUGGGCAGUGUCCAUCACCCCACGCCAAUGACCAGGAUGCUGACUCACAGGUGCCAUGUUGUGAGCCCAUCUCUCAAGAAAUGGUGCCUAUCCUCUAUGUGGAUGAAUUCAGCAACCUUGUUAUUUCUUCUGUGCAGCUGACUCGCAGCUGCGGUUGUGAUCCCGGCGACCUCCAGCCGCCCAGCAGAGAGUAACAUUUGUUUUAUAGUCCUGAGUAUGUGAGCCACCUGGGGAACAAGCAAACACAUAAAAUAUUGAAAAUGUGGAUGAUACAUCACAUGCGGGCCUAUCUUCUCUCACUAUACUUAUCUUAGACCUUUACAGUGUGUAUUCAACACUGAGUGUGGGAACCAAAGCAAAUUCUCUCAAAGAACUCCGUUUUGCAUUCCUGUUUCUCCAUUCUAAACCGGAUGUGCCAGCACAGAUCUGUUUAGCCGGCCAAAGAAGAAACUGAUCAAUUAUAAUUGAAGUGGUAUAACUAUAACUAUAUCUAAAUGACACGUUAUUUCUGUAGAUAAAUAGUAUUACGAUAUUAUGAAGUAUUUCUCUUGCACCAAGAGCUGGAAGUGAAGUGCAUCUGACACUUGUGUAGUAAGUGCCAGUUUAUCUUUAAAUAAAUCUCAUGAGUGUAGAGCUAUUUAAAGCUACUAACCGUUACUGAGUGUUCCCUUUCAAAAAAAUGUAAAACUGUGCAGGGCCAAAUCCAUGUCUCCGCUUUCAUCUGUGAAACAACUAUUUCCUCUUAUGGGCUAGAAGUCCAUUCAAUCCCAAAAGGUAGACUUCAAAUGAGUUCAAAUAAAACAAAAUAGUUUUCCUUAAUAUGUAAAUGAGGUAUAUGUUUGCCAUGUUGAGGGACACAUUGCUUUUUGCAGGGAGAGUAAUAGGAGAAGAUUGGGUUAUCCAGCUAAACUCACUGCACCUACAACAAAAAGAAAACGUGUGCUGUGCUUUUCCAUUGGCCGUGCUCUAUUUUCAUGUUUUUACUGGCAGAAAAGAUGAAGGCCCUGCAAACCUCCAA